AUGAAGCGGAACGAGUCUUCAGAUUCUACCAAUUCAAAAAAACCAAAAUUACGUAUGGGAGAAGACCAACAAGCAAAGAAAGAAGAAUUCUUCCAGCCUGUCGGACAGGCCGCAGAGGAAGUCGAUCACGAACAGGUUCCUGAAAACGAUAACGAUGGCAUCAGAAUGACUGGUGCUGAGGACGCCCAGGGCCAUCCUGUCCAAGAAAUCGAUUCUCUUUGCAUGAAUUGCCACGAGACGGGAGUUUCACGCCUGCUGCUCACCUCGAUUCCAUAUUUCAGAGAGAUAGUGGUGAUCUCUUUCGAGUGUCCUCACUGCGGAUUCAAGAACUCGGAGAUCCAGCCGGCUUCCACCAUCGCCGAAAAAGGUAGCAGGUACGUGCUCAAGAUUGAGAACAAGGAGGACUUCAACCGCCAGGUGGUCAAGUCAGACUAUUGCACAUGUAAGUUCAUCGAGCUCGACAUUGAAAUUCCCGCAAAGAGAGGUCAGCUGACUACAGUCGAGGGACUUCUGUCCGAAAUGGUGGAAGAUCUCGAAAUGGAUCAGCCGCAAAGAAAAGAAGUUCAGCCCGAAAUCUACGAAAAAAUCGAGCAAUUCCUCGCCAAAAUACGGUCUGUUCUCAACGGAGAGACGGGCUUGCCAUUGACGUUCCUGAUCGAUGAUCCGUCUGGCAACUCCUGGAUCGAAUACGUUCCGGGCGAGCCUCAGCACAAAUGGUCUGUUGUUGAAUACAACCGUACGCCUCAGCAGAACGUGAUGCUGGGUUUGGUGUCUGCGGACGAAGUUGCUGCCCACGAGCAGGAACAGCAGCAACAACAACCUCAAAGAGUCAGAGCUACAGGAUUUAUGUCUGAUGAGACAGAUAUUGAAAAUUUUGCCAAUGAGGUGCAGGUGUUCCACGCUACAUGCUCUUCUUGCUACGCUCCGUGCGAAACUCAUAUGAAAGUUGUUAAUAUUCCUCACUUCAAGGACGUGAUUAUUAUGUCCACCACCUGCGAACGUUGCGGAUAUAAAUCUAAUGAGGUCAAGACGGGAGGUGCCGUGCCUGACCGCGGAAAACGUGUGACGCUCUAUUGUGACGACCCUGAAGAUCUCACCAGAGACAUUCUCAAGUCUGAAACCUGUGGACUGAAGAUUCCCGAGCUCAACCUGGAUUUGACUCCAGGAACGCUUGGCGGAAGAUUCACCACUUUGGAAGGUCUUUUGCGCCAAGUCAGAGACGAGCUGCAUUCCCGCGUGUUCCAGGAAACUUCCGACUCCAUGACUCCCGAAUCCAAAGCCAACUGGGAGAAGUUCUUCGAGAGACUCGACACCGCUCUUGCUGGAAAAAUGAAGUUCACAGUGAUAAUGGAAGACCCAUUGGCGUCCUCGUACAUCCAAAACGUGUAUGCACCGGACGACGAUCCAAACAUGAAGGUGGAAGAAUUUGAGAGAACUCGUGAGCAGAACGAAGAGUUGGGACUCUUGGACAUGAAGGUGGAUUAG